GAAUCAACCCGGAAGCGGCGCACGGAACCGCUGCUGCCAGAUCUGUUCCCCCGUCAGGGCAGCGAAAAACUGACCGCUGUCCGCCGCAUUUCACACCGUUCACGUCCAAACACCGACACAAACAACACGCCAACAUGUCUAAGACCACGCUGUCGGCUCGCUUCAGGAAAGUAGACGUUGAUGAGUACGAUGAAAACAAGUUUGUAGAUGAAGAAGAUGGAGCAGAGAACCUGGGCGGACCAGACGAGUCAGAAGUGGACUCGCUACUCCGACAGGGGAACAUGCAAGGAGCUCUUCUGGCUGUGCUCAAGAACCCUCCAAUCAACACCAAGAACCAGAACGUGAAGGACCGCACGGCCACACUGGUGGUGAAGGUUCUGGCCAGCUUUAAGUCCAGUGACAUAGAGAAGGCUGUGGCGUCUCUGGACAAACCCAGCGUGGACCUGCUCAUGAAAUACAUCUACAGAGGCUUUGAGAAGCCCUCAGACAACAGCAGCGCCAUCCUGCUUCAGUGGCAUGAAAAGGUGCUUCUUGUGGGAGGAGUGGGCUCUAUCAUCCGAGUGCUGACCGCCAGAAAGACUGUGUGAUCCUGGACUGACCCUCACCAAACGCUGGACCAGUGUCUGACCACAGGGACACGUCUCCUGUCCCUGUGAGGACGCGUCUCCCCUGUCUGUCUCCUGUCUGUCCCCCGUCUGUCUCCCGUCUAAGUCCGAGUGGAGCGUCCUGUCUCCUGCAUGUGUCCUCGUGUCUCUGGGAUUCUGGCAGGGCGGUGCUGGCGCCUCACUGCAGCACAUUUCACACACACGGCCCUUUUACACACACACAUGCUUUUUCAUUGUUGUUUUUUUUACGAUUUUUAACUCUUCAAAGGUUCAGUGUGCCACUUUUCUGCCACUUGCUUGUCGUCAUGGAGAUGUUAUUGCUUUGGCUGGAAUGUCCCGUAGUAUUGCAAGUGACAGAAAAAUAUGAAAAACGACCAAUUUUUAACGGUUUGUGGUCCAAAGUUAUUCUGUAGAACAUUCCAGACGACGCAGUAACACCUCCAGGGAGACGAGCAGAUGGCAAACUCCUUGAAAAGUUACGCAGUGAAGCUUUAAUAGAUGAGUAGAGAUAGCGUAGUGGUCCAAGCCUGACUGACCAAAGACCAAAGAGUUGCCGGUUCAAAUCUGGAAUUGUGUUGUACCUUAGCAGGACAGUGUUUUACCCUCUCGGACCAUUGUCGAAACGGGGAGGGCAUCUGGUGUAAUAAUUUGCCAAAUAUUCAGUGUUUUGGAUUUUAAAAGCUUACGGUAAUUGUCUGUGUAAAGGGGCCUAAUCAUGUUUUUUUUUUUUUUUUUUUCUAAGCAGCACAUUCCUCCUCUGGUGUUGUUUUUUUCUGUUGGACUGGGGGCUGCCUUUGCUGAGUAUGUGUUGGUGUUUCUUAUUCUUUUUUUUUUUUUUUUUUUUUACGGUCAUUCCUUUGUACGUACGGCCUAUGUUAAGGCUACACUGCUUCUGUCAGUUUUUGUAUCAGAAAUAAAGAGUUUAUACAAA